GUUAUCCUUUCUCUUCACUCAAAAUCUCUCACCUCCCCAAACAUGACACUAGCAAUGUCCUUACAAUUCCCGGCGACACCGCCGAUCACCGGUCAUACGACCUCUUCAUCGCUACGGAAAACUACAGCUGUCCGUUACCACUGUCCCUUCCAAGCGAGGUUUCCAAAAAUAACCGACAAGAGAAGAAUAAGAAGAAAGCAGUCGUUUUGGGCGACGAAAGCCGUUGACGAAAGCCGAGGGAACUCCGAGCCGGAGGUCGCAAACGAAAGUGAGUCGAAGGGCGAGUUGAGCGAGUUGGGAUCGGAGAUCAAGAAGGCGAUGGAGGAGCGGAAGGCGGCGGAGAAAGAGGAAGGGGAAGGGCUGCUGGGCGGAGUGUCGAAGGAGAUAAGGGAGAUCGAGUGGCCGUCGUUUGGAAAGGUCUUGGGAACGACUUGGGUCGUAUUGGGGGUCAUCGCUGGCUCGAGUGUCGUUUUGCUCACUCUCAAUGCCGUUUUGGCCGAGCUCUCCGACCGGGUCUUUGCCGGUAGAGGAUUUCAGGAUUUCUUCACCUGAGAGAAUGAAUGUGAUAUCUAAUGGGGGGAUUUCAAGUUUUUUUUUUUUUUUUUUUUUUUUUUAAGUUCAGGGAUUUGAUUGCAAGUGUUGAGAUCAAAGAAGAGAAGAUAAUGAAUUUUGGAGUGGAUUUAAGAUUUUUGGGCUCCGUUCUUUCCGUUAUUCUCUUACAGAGAAUGGCACUUGGAUAACUAGACCAAGAAAGUGUAAAACAACAGAUCAUAAUUUAUUAAAGAUGAUAGUUAUCA